AUGGCGGAACCAUUCGCUGCGAACUCCGGUUCGUCAUAUUCUGCGGUAGAGUUACAAAGAAUUACUGAAGUUCUGAAUCAAAUCGCGUCAAUUCAAGCCCAACUAACUCGGAACAGCGCCAACUCGAGUCAAGAUCCAACAAACCCUUACUUUCUUCAUCCUUCUGAGAGCGCUGGUACUCCUCUCAUCCCUGUUAUUCUGGAUGGCAAGAACUAUGGCUCUUGGAGUAGAUCAAUGGUAUUAGCAUUGAAAUCUAAAAAUAAAUUGAAAUUCAUAGAUGGUAGUUUACCAAAGCCUGAUGAAAAUGAUAGUGUGUUCGAAUCUUGGGAAAGAUGCAAUACCUACGUCGUAGCCUGGAUAAACCUCUCGUUAAGCCCUAGCAUUUCGCAAUCGGUAAUAUGGAUGAACGUUGCUAGCGACCUAUGGAAUGACCUAAAACACAGGUAUUAUCAUGGUGAUAGAUUUCGGGUGGCAGAAUUACACGAGAAGUUUUAUGCAUUUAGACAAGGAGACGUGGAUGUCACAACCUAUUUCACUAAAUUGAGGGCAAUUUGGGAAGACAUAGAAAAUUUCAGGAUGAUUCCUUCAUGUGAAUCAGGAAAGACAGCAACAUAG